UUUAGCAGCGCUCCUAACGUCACUUCGCUGCGGUGUACUUGCGUGUGAUGAUAGGGUAAUGGUUGUUUCGCGCAUCUUGAGAGGCGGUUCCAACGUGGAGCGGAGUACUUUCGAUUAGCAGUAGCGUUGCUUCGGCUUAAAUGUGUAGACCUCCGUUCGCCUCGUUAGUAAUGGCGACCAUGGUUCUGUGCGAGCCGUCUACACCGCGAGUCGAAUUGUACGAAACCGACAAGAUGAAUCUUGCGGACGACGCCGUUUCCCCUGGAGAAAGUCCCUCCGUCGAGAGACGACACGACGCCGAAGAAGCUUCUACUGUAGCAACUCCAUCGGGAACGGGCUUUAAGCUUUCGCCGCUUCGCGUCUGCCCGAACGCGCCAAUCAAAUCCAGAACAAAUGUGCCGGACCUUUUCGCGAAACGAAGAAAAAUGUCGCCGGACGCGGCGAAACGGUUGUUCCGCUCUCUUAAUUUUGACGAUGUCGAGGUCCCUCGAUCUCCUUCCUAGGCGGCUUCCUCUCGUGCCGCUGAUGGUGCAGACUGUUGCAGCGAAGCUGAAGCUUCGCUUUCCGCUGCCGCUUCCUUGAGUCGAGGCGACGCUCCUCCCAGCUGACAUGACAUCCUUCACGUUGACGUCCCUCUGACGUGCCUCCGAGGAGAGUCUGACUCAGACGUCCCUCUGGCGUUCCGUUGACGUGCCGCUGACAUGAUGACAUCCGUGACGUCCCUCUCACGUGCCUGAUGUGCCUCUGCCGAGCCUCUGCCGAGCCUCUGACGUGCCCCUGAUGUCCCGUUGACGACUCUGACGAACCCCUGACGAGCCUCUGACGAGCCUCCGAUGUGCCUCUGACGCACCUGGUGCUGGCAAUGUACUAUGAUUAGAGACAUACUGAACCCCUUAAUCUGACUCGUUAGCCCUCACAUCAGGAGACCACUAAAGGCUGCAUCAUGAGGGAGCCAUGGACGCACAGAACGACAUUCAGAGAGGCGUUGCAAUGUGAAGGGACAAGCUGUCUCUUGCUAGAGUAUCGAGCAGUCCUUAGUCUUCUCACCCUUUGUAAAGAAGUUUGUUUCCUCUGAGUAC